AUGGAGUUUGGCAACAAGGGCGUUCUGAACGAAGAUGGCAUCCACGUGGAUAUGGAUAGAUUAAAGAAGGGAGAGGUCAACCUCGGUACCUCCAUUAUGGCAGUCACAUUCAAGGAUGGUGUCAUCCUGGGCGCUGAUUCGAGAACCACGACCGGAUCUUACAUUGCCAACCGAGUGACAGACAAGCUCACCCAAGUUGCCGAUACCAUCUGGUGUUGCCGAUCCGGCUCAGCUGCAGACACACAAGCCGUCGCCGACAUUGUGCAGUACCAGCUCGGCCUAUUCCACAUGCGCAACGGAAAGCCUCCCACGACACAAACCGCUGCAUCCAUCUUUCAGGAGAUUUGCUACUCCAACAAGGACCAGUUGAGCGCCGGUCUUAUCAUUGCUGGCUGGGAUGAGCGACACGGCGGCCAGGUCUACUCUAUUCCCCUCGGCGGCUCACUACACAAGCAGGCAUACGCAAUCGGCGGUUCAGGUUCGACAUACAUCUACGGUUACUGCGAUAACCACUGGAAAGAGGGUAUGGAAGAGGAGGAUGCUGUCAAAUUUGUCAAGGGCGCUCUCGCCGAGGCCAUCAAGUGGGACGGAAGCUCUGGAGGUGUCAUUCGCAUGGUUGUUCUGACCAAGAAGGGCGCCGACAGACAUCUAUACCUCCCCGAUGAGGAUUACACCGUCAAGCACUAG